UCCUGCUCACUACAAUAGCCAGGCUCGUGUGACGGAGCUGCGUCUCUCUCUCGGCUCAGACAGACGCGCCUCAGAGCUGCAGCCGCACAUCCACUGACUGGCGUCCAGACGCGCAUUCCGGAAUUCGAGGCAAUUCUAGAGUCAAAGGUUCAUGUGGCAUUUGAAGCAGCUCUCUGGAGUCGCUGUCAGUCUCUGUGGAUUCCUGUCUCCAGUAGAGCCCACACACCCAUCUUCCUCCUCAGCCCCGCUUCCAACUCACGAUCUCUAUCACGCGACAAGUCACUCCUCGUCCUCCUGCCCAAUUUCCAGCUCCAGACGCCACUCAGAUGGACACCGAGUCGACCCACUCCGGCUACUCCAGUCGCUCGGCGAGAUCGAACCGCCAUGGGGAACGUAGCCGCGACAGACACAAAGGCGGCAGCAGCAAAGACAGCAGUCGCUCCGAGAGAUCUGUCAUGAUCAACCCACCCGACUCGCCAUCCCAGGACUCCCCCGUUCACAACGAAGAGCCGCUCCCCGGAGAGCCGUCAGCAGCCGCGGACCCUGGAGAUGAAACGCAGGAUGAUAACUGGGGAGAGACCACAACAGCUGUCACAGGAACAUCUGAGCUCAGCAUCUCCCAAGAGGAAGUGGUUGGCCUUGGAAAAGAGCUACAGGAUCGAACACAGGGCUUCCGGCGAUAUCUUCCCCUGGCUGUGGGCUCCUGUGUGGGUCUGCUGGUGCUGGCCACACCCUUGGUCUUCCUGCUUCUCCCAGUCGUAAUGUGGCCGGACAGACUACAGGCUUGCGGUGCAGCUUGCGAGGGCCUCUUCCUCUCUAUCUCCUUCAAAAUCCUCAUCCUCCUGGUUGCUGUUUGGGCUUUGUUCCUGCGGCCGAGCCGGGCCUGCCUGCCCAGAGUGUGUGUGUAUCGGGCCUUUCUCACCACUCUCACACUGCUGCUCACCAUGUCCUACUGGCUUUUCUACGGGGUCCGGAUCCUCGAUGCACAGGAUGAAGAUUACCAUGGCAUCGUCCAGUUUGCCGUGUCUCUGGUGGACUCCCAGCUCUUCGUUCACUACCUGGCAGUCGUACUGCUGGAGCUCCGUCACCUCCGGCCUUGCUACAGCGUGUGCGUCAUCCGCUCCACAGACGGAGAGACGCGCCACUACAACAUUGGACAGCUGAGCAUUCAACGAGCUGCUUUGACCAUCCUGGAAUACUAUUACAGAGACUUUCCAUUGCACAACCCUGCCCUCCUCUCUGCCUCUAAACACAGAACUGCCAAACACCUGGCUGGGCUAAAGGUCUACAACGUGGACGCUCCAGGUGGUACGGCUGCAGCUCAGCCCAGCAAUGGAAAUCAGUCACGGCCUAUGGUUACACCUGCCACCAAACGCAAAGACAACGCGCACAGUGAGCUAUACUAUGAGGAGGCAGACUAUGAGAGGAGAGUCCGCAAGCGAAGAGCCAGGCUGGUGGUCGCCGUUGAGGAGGCCUUCACACAUGUCCGGCGCAUGAAGAAAGAAGAUGAGAACGCAGCACCGUCUGACAUCAUGGAUGUUCGUGAAGCCGCUCUGGCCGUCUUUCCCUCGAUGGCUCGUUCCCUGCAAAAAUACCUCCGCACCACCAGGAGGCAGCACUGCCACAGCAUGGAGAGCAUCCAGAAGCACCUGGCUUUUUGCCUAGUGAAUAACAUGAGUCCUAAGGCCUUCCUUGAAGCAUACCUCGCUCCCGGUCCGACCCUGCUGUACGGCCCAGAGCGCUGGAUGGCCGAUCAGUGGACUUUGAUCAGCGAAGCUUCAGUCACCAGCGGCAUUAAGGAGGGAACAGAGUUCCUGUUGAAGUGUCUUGAUUUUAAUUUAGCAGUCACAGUCAAAGGCAUCCCUUACAUCCGUUUGACUGAAGAGUACAUUGACCCCAAAUCUCAUAAGUUUAUACUGCUGCUCCAAUCAGAAACAUCUGUUUAGUAGUGAUACAGUGCAGCUGUGCUGCUGCUCUGUAAAACACAGAACUUUUGCAGUUGUCCAGCUGAACUUUUCCAAGACAAACAUUUUGUACCGUUUUUGUACUUAUUCGUGUUGUUUUUCAAAUUGAUAUGUUGUAGUCAUCGUGACGGGCUGGAAUGAGGAUGAAGGAAAGCAUUUAUUCUGAAAACAUUUGCAAGGCUCACAUUAGUUAUACCUCCAUGGACUACUGAUGACAUCUGCAGUGCCUCUGAAAAGCUUUACUGUUGAACUUUUUAACAUUUUGUCAUAUUUUUAACCACAAAUUCCAGUUUAUUUCAUAGGGAUGAUAUGCAGCAGGAAAAAUAUUGCAUAAUUAUCAUAUGAAAUGAAAAGAAUACAUGGCUUUCAAUUUUAGCUAAAUGCAUUUGAAGUCAUAACCGCUCAGUAAUGAGGUUACUUUGUCCAACCAUCUUCUGUUGAAUAUAAAAAUAUAAAUAUUUUGCAGUGUGUCUUCACAGUUUGGGAAAUUUUUGCUUCUUCAAACUGGCUCAAGUUCAGUCAGACUGGAUGGAGAGCAUCUGACAAAAGCAAUUUUCAAAUCUUAACACAAAUUUACAUUUUAGAUUUGACUGGGCUAUUCCAAGCAUAUGGAAACAUAUUGCAGAACAACAAAUUUUCAACAAACAUCUUACAUUUUGUGGUUAUACCAUGAUGAACUGUGGAAAAGUUCAUCACGUAUUUCAUGCCUCUCUGUUUUCCCUUGGUUUGUAUGUCAGUGUGCACCGAUGUGCUGGAGGAAAGUUACAGAAUCAGGACAAAAGAGGGAUUGCAGCAUGUUCACAGCUUUUUCAUAGAGGUUCACUUUGGAGUCUGUCUUAAGCAAUUCAUUGUAAAGUUACCGUAACUCUUUUUACCAGAACCGUAUCACUGUCAAAAGGUCUUGAGUCAUCUCUCAUUAGAAGCCACACUAUUUGUAAUCUUUUAAUGUGUUUUUGAUAAAUUCUGGCGUAGGGUUUUCGAAGGCUUUUCGAUGUUCUUUGAAGUUCAGCUGUUUUCCAAAGUGCAAAGGAAAGUUUUGAAGGAACAUCUGAGAAUAAUUUAUCAAGUCAACCUUAAAAGAUCACUCCUUACUGAAAAGGAAAUGUAAAAAAUGUGUGGUUGUUUGAUACCUUUGCACAGUGCUUUACUCCUUUUUAACAGUAGCAGUUAUUAUUUAUAAUCAUCCUGGAUUACAGAUGUAUGUACAGUAUUUAUAUGUAAAUAUGCUUUAUCCCAUUUUACUUUUUAUACAAAAUUGUGCAUUGAUUGCUUGAUAACUUUUUUAUUUUGUGAUUUUUCUUUUCUUUUUUUUUUACCUUGUUUAUGUAUGCUUUAUUUGAUGAGACACCUGGGCCGCAAAUAAUUGAAGACAUGCAAGUAUUAGAUAAAUGACAGGAGUCUAACGAACAGAAAGCAAAGCACAGUCCAGCUGAAUACCAAUGUUCUAGUCAGUAGGUUAUGGACAGACACACUUGGCUGAGUGAUGUAUUUAUGGAUUAGAAAGAGGACAUCCAAGAUGUUAGAAGACAUAUCAAGCCUCAAUGAAAGUUUAUAAACUUAAA